GAAGGCUGAGAUUUGCAAUGUUGGCAGCAGUGCAGACAUCCACAGUGCCAAGGUUCGAGCACAAUAUACAAGCAGAGCAUCAUAGAAGCAAAUGGAUUAUGUCAUCUUGCUUCCAUGUAGUUCUGGAAGCAACACAAUCCUCCAGAGAACUGUCCUCAGAGUCAGGAAUCAGGGAACGCAUGGGGCCUUGGUGGGAUAUUCCAUCGUACCAUAAAAAAUGGACAAGACAGAUUCUCAAAGAUGUUUCAUUUCAUAUAGAAAGUGGACAGAUCAUGGGCAUCUUGGGGAAUUCUGGAUCUGGGAAAACCACACUACUGGAUGCCAUAGCUGGAAGACUGAGCCAUAAGGCAAACUUCACUGGGCAAGUUUAUGUCAAUGGACGUGAGCUGAGGCUGGAUCAGUUUCAAGAUUGCUUUUCCUAUGUUCUCCAGAAUGACACCUUGUUAAGCUAUCUCACCACAGAAGAAUGUUUAACGUACACUGCCUUGCUAGCACUUCAGAAGCACUCCCAUGACUUUAUAAAAAAGAAGGUUGACACUGUUAUGGCUGAGCUGAGGCUCAGUCAUGUUGCUAACAGUGUAAUUGGAAGCCGCAUUUUCAAGGGGAUUUCUGAUGGUGAAAGGCGCCGCGUUUCAAUCGCAGCACAGCUAUUACAAGAUCCCAAGGUCAUGUUGCUAGAUGAACCAACCACAGGCUUGGACUGUAUGACGGCCAAUCAGAUUGUGUCGCUGCUUUCAGAACUUGCUCGCAAUGGCAGGAUAGUGAUUAUUACAAUCCAUCAGCCACGGUCAGAACUUUUUCAGGUAUUUGAUAAAAUCUGCAUUAUGAGUUUUGGAGAAUUAGUCUUCUGCGGAGGCCCAUCAGACAUGAUUGCCCUUUUUAGAGACUGUGGUUACACAUGUCCUGAACAUUCCAGCCCCUUUGAUUUUUGUGUAGAUCUUGCGUCAGUAGACACUCAAAGCAAGGAGCGCGAACUAGAAACAUACAGCAGAGUUCAAACCAUUUCUUUCGCCUAUAAAAGUUCUGAAACCUUUCUCAGAACUCUGGAAGCCAUUGAAGAAACAAAGCGCAAUGUGAAAGAGCUGCCACCGAUACCCUUCAAAUGCAAGGAGUCCCCCAGUGCCUUCUGCAAAGUAUGGAUUCUCUUAAGAAGGACAACCAGGAAUUUAUCCAGAGACAAGACUGGUAUAAUAAUGCGGCUUUCACAAAACUUAUUGUUUGGCCUGUUUGUGGCCUUCUUCCUGCUGAGGCUGAAUAAUGAUCUUCUUAAAGGAGCUGUGCAAGACCGUAUAGGAGUCAUUUACCAGUGUGUGAGUGCUCCGCCUUAUACAGGACUUCUCAAUGCUCUGGCUCUGUUUCCUGCAUUGCGGGCUGUUGGAGACCAAGAAAGUAAAGAUGGUUUAUAUCAGAAGUGGCAAAUGUUGCUCGCCUAUAUACUGCAUUUCCUGCUCUUCAGCGUCAUCAGCAUUGCACUUUUUAGCGUCUUUAUAUACUGGACUGUGGGAUUGUACCCAGAAGCUUCUAGAUUUGGAUAUUUUUUUGCUGCGCUCCUGGUACCCCAUAUACUAGGUGAACUGCUUGCACUUACUUUGCUUGGGGUAAUUCAAAAUCCUAAUGUAGUCAGUGGAGCUGUGUCACUACUAAACGUAGCAGGCGUCCUAGUUGGAAGUGGACUUUUGAGGAGCUUGGAGGCAAUGCCAGCUGCUAUUAAGAUACUAAGUUAUUUUACAUUCCAAAAGUACUGUAGUGAGAUUCUUGUUGUGAAUGAAUUUUCUGGAUUAAAAUUUACAUGUGGUCACUUCAAUGUUUCUGCUGGCACUGGGGCUUCCUGUCAAUUCUCUGAAGGGAUACAGUUCAUUGAAACAAACUACCCUGGGGCAGCAUCUCGGUUCACAAUUGACUUCUUGAUAUUAUAUGCCUUCAUCCCAGUAUUUGUAACUCUAGCAAUUAUAAGUUUUAAAAUCAGAGAUAUCAUUACUGUCAGGCAAUAAAAGUGCCAGUAAAUGAUC